AUGGAUAUCCCAAUAGUUAUAUUUCCGUCACCUGAGCAGUCCGUCUAUGCAGCAAACCGCUUGCUACCAGCUUUUGACAUUGCCUACCAGACGAUCUCCGAGCGCGUUCAGAGUGGCAAGUAUGCAAACUUCACCAUUAGUUGGGUCUAUUACUCGACCGGGUGUAGCCACAACGAGCGCUUAUCAGUGGGAAUGGCGGCUGAGCGGUAUUUUUUCGAGAACGCGGCGGCGUUUUUUGGGCCGACUUGCAGCAACAACUUGCUGAGUGUGGCUGAUUUUGCCUCGUUUUACAACAUAACCGUACUCUCUGGAAGCGCGAGCUCGCAUGAUCUCGACGAUAAAGAGCGAUUCCCUACCCUGACUCAGACGGUCUACAAACCGACGGCGAUGGUCAACUUCGUGAAUGAACUUUUCAAAGAGUUUGAAUGGACAUCCUGCGCUAUGAUCAGAGGCGGUUCUGACGUAUUUAAUCUCGCCGGAGAAGCGUUCGAAGAAAUAAUGCAGAGAGCGGGGCGUUCGGUUUUCAUCAUUGAGUUGAAUGAUACCAACAAUGACUAUGUGCACACUUUGCAACAAACUCGAGAAGACUACCGAAUUAUCUUCAUAAGUGCCGAUGGAAACGCCGUCCGAAAUAUAAUGAAAACCGCUUAUGACCUUAAAAUGAUUUCUGGUAAUUACGUCUUCAUCAGCUACCAUCCGUUCAACAAUACCGGCGACUUUGGUGAUGACUCCUGGAAUCAGGGUGAUGAAUACGACGAGAAGCUGAAAGAGGCUUAUCAAUCACUGCUGACGAUUCGUCUGUACGAACCCAAAACUCCCGAUUACGUUAAGUUUCAAAAAGAGAUGAACUUGCGGAUGAUGAGAGACUACAAUUACGUUCCCGAUGCUGGAAACGAGGCCAAUUUCUUCGAUGAUUCUUUUCACGACGCCCUCAUACUCUACUCUCUUGCGAUCAAUGAGACGAUACACGAGGGAGGUGACAUCAGGGAUGGUCGCGCUCUAAGGAAGAAGAUGUGGAACCGAACAUUCAAAGGUAUUGCUGGCGACGUUAUAAUGACUGAAAACGGCGACAGAGUUUCAAUCUACUCUCUUUGGGACAUGACUGAUACAGAAAAGGGCAUUUUCGAGGUGGUGGCAGAUUAUCAUAAAUCUACCGGCAAAAUCAAUUUCACUGAUCCCGUGAAAAGGGUUCAAUUUCAUGGUCUCCGACCCGGAUACGACGCUCCGUGGGAUUCGCCAGGAUGUGGUUUCUACGAUGAGAAUCCUACAUGCGUGACAGGUUCGGAUAACACUGUUGUGUUGGUAUCGACCAUCGUGCCAGUAUGUCUAUUACUCAUCUGUUCCAGUGUGAUGUAUGCUUUGUACAGGAAGAUGAAGUUCGACUCCGAGCUGACGAAUCUGUCAUGGAAAAUCUACUACAAGGAUUUGGUUUUUAAUCAUAUUUCCAAGUCGGUUGCAUCCUCAAUCCGCUCAUUCUCAAUAGCAAGCACGGGUACUGAUACCAACAACCGGAAGCAGAUUUUCACCAAAGUGGCUCAAUAUGAGGGCCGUCUAGUCGCCUUGAAGCCGAUGAAUAACGCUGAAUUACACUUGACCAGAGUCGUACUGCUGGAGUUCCGACACUUGCGGAAGCUUGAACACAGCAACGUGGUGCGUUUUGUUGGAAUAUGUGCCGAUGGACCCGAUGAUAUCAAGAGGAUGAUCAUCACAGAGUACUGCCCAAAGGGUAGUCUACAGGACAUUCUGGAGAACGACGCUUUGAAGCUCGAUGUGGACUUCAAGUCUUCUAUGCUGAUUGACGUUAUCAAAGGGUUGAGUUUUCUUCACAACAGUGAGCUUGAACUUCAUGGGAGGUUGCGCUCCUCCAACUGCGUGGUAGACAGCCGAUUUGUGGUCAAAUUGACGGAUUUCGGUCUCCAUUCAUUUCGAGAGCUGUCCUUGGACGAAGCAUUAGAACCGACUCAGUUGAAAAAAUCACUUUGGAAGGCUCCGGAACAACUGAGAAAUCCAAUCCUGAAGGUCAAGAAGGAGGGAGAUAUUUAUGCUGUAGCAAUCAUUAUGCAGGAAGUCAUGAUGAGAGGGGUACCGUUUGAAUAUGAGCGCAAGCACAAUGAGGAUAUCCAAGUUAUUUUAGACAAGGUCCGAUCUCGUUCCUCGCCACCAUUUCGCCCCUACGUUCCUAACGAUGCUUGCACUCCCGAUAUGUACGCCAUCAUGACGCAAUGCUGGCACGAAAAUCCCAUGGAAAGACCUACUGUGGAUGAACUGCUAACGGUUAUGAAGAAGUUAUUCAAAAACGUCUCAGGAGGUAUCCUGGAUAACCUGCUAGCUCGUAUGGAGUCAUACGCCAGUAACUUGGAAGGUCUUGUGGAGGAGAGAACCUCUGCUUUCUUGGAAGAGAAGAAGAGAGCCGAGACGCUCCUCUAUGAAGUCUUGCCGAAGUCUGUAGCCGAUCAGCUUAAAAUGGGAUCCACGGUUCACCCAGAGUCUUAUGACAAUGUGACGAUUUUCUUCAGUGACAUCGUGGGAUUCACUGCGCUUUCAUCAGACAGUACCCCUAUGCAGGUUGUUACACUGCUGAACGACCUGUACACGUGUUUUGAUGAGAUCAUUGGCAACUUCGACGUAUACAAAGUUGAGACAAUUGGAGACGCCUACAUGGUGGUGUCAGGCCUGCCAAUCCGCAACGGCAAUGACCAUGCGCGAGAAAUCGCCAACAUGGCGCUGUCAUUGCUUGUGGCAGCGGGAACAUUCAAAGUGAGGCACAAACCAGAAUGGAAGCUUCAACUACGGGCUGGCAUUCACUCAGGUCCAUGCGUGUCUGGAGUGGUUGGUCUGAAGAUGCCCAGAUACUGCCUGUUUGGUGAUACAGUCAACACAGCGUCCAGGAUGGAAUCAAACGGAGAACCUCUGAAGAUCCACAUCAGCCACACUACCGAAGUGAUCCUAGACUCUUUCAAGGAGUUCAUCAUUCAGGAACGAGGGGAAGUAGAGAUGAAGGGGAAAGGAAUGCAGAAAACAUUCUGGCUGCUUGGUCGGAGGAAGUGGAAGUGACUGAAGAAAAGGGACAGCACCGUGGCAAGAAAUUGGAAAAGCUGCACUUUAAUUUCUAUUUAACGUCGUAUCACAAAAACUCUGGAGCGAUUAUGCACAAAUGCAAUGAGCCGAAAAUAAAGGGAAUUGUUCUUAAAGGCACUGAACACUAAUUGUAAUUACUCAAAAUAAUUGUUAGAAAAACUUACUUGGUAACGGGCAUUGCAGAGCUGUUCAUUAAAGUAAAAGAACAUUGUGAGAAAUGGCUUCCUCUAAUGCCGUUUUUGAGAAAGAGAUAAUUUCUCGUCUAAAUAUUAAAAGUGUAGCCCACAUCUUUAAAUGACCUAUAGGCUUUGUGUGUCUGGCGACUUGCAAAAAAAAAAAUGUUUUGAAUGUAACGUGAGAACAGUUAUGUAAUAAACCAUU